AUGCCGAUCCACAGAAUCAACCUCCCGCUCACUCCGACGCAGUCCUUCUGCGGGGAGCAGGGCAGCAGCAGCAGCCAGGGCCCUGUGUCAGAUAAGGCGCCUGCGUCAGAGGCGUGCGUGGCCCGCAAUCCGAGCUCGAAACAGCUCUUCUCGACGUGUCUCUACAACAACACGGUGGCGGACGAAGGCAUGCCACGAAGACCGGCACUCAGCAGCGGUGUCGGGGGCGGCAGCAGCAGCAGCAACCACAUCAACUACAACGGGCUCUCGGCGAGGUCCGCAGCACAGUCGUCGACGUCGCUUCUCUCGAUGCUCUCGAACCAGACGGCGACGACCGAGUACUCGCCGAACUUGAUCGAUAAGGAGUGCGGCGACCUCCUCAAGAUCAUCGACUUGGACAUCUCGGACACGGGCAACAGCAACGACAACGACAACGACACCGGCAACGACAUCGGCGCCAGCGACCAGAGCAAGAGCAGCAGCAACGGCAACGACGCCACCGUCUCGGGCCUCCCGCCGAGCCCAGGUCGGCGGCGGACGCACCGCCGCCUGCGUGAGAAGGUGAGCUUCGACCUGGCCCCUGCGAGCUCCGAAACAGACACGGAAUCGGACACAGACUCGGAGGAGCACGACGCCAGCGCCAGCACCACACACAAGGUGGCGCCCACCAUGGAGAGAGAAAACACCUCUGUGGACCUCUGUGGGUGCCGCAACAGGAAUUCCGUGGAGGCCUCCGACGCCCCGCUUGAUUACAACAACCCGGCCCGUUGGGACUACAAAGAGAAGUGGAUUUUCGUGCUCAUCGGUCUGCCCGCGUGCGGCAAGUCCACCAUGAUCAACGACUUCCAAGACUACGUGCUCAGCCAGGCAUCCGAUAGGGUCAGAGUCAAGUCGUACAACGCCGGCGACGUGAGAAGAAAGUAUGAGGCACAGUGCCACAACAAGUUUGAUUUCAGCGACUUGCACAAUUCAAGAAACCUGAGAAACACCUAUGCCUUGGAAGCCCUGGACAACUUGGCGAACGACCUUGUCCACGACAAGAUUGACAUUGGAAUCAUGGACGCUACCAACACCACCAGGGACAGGCGCAAGUCUGUUUUCGAUUACAUCCGCAACGUCUCCAAGACGUCCAACGUUGUCAUCAACCCGCUACUUUUUGAAAUUAAGUGUUCCAACAGAGCCUUGAGGCGAUUUAACAUUGAGCAGAAGUCGAAAAACAAGGAUUACGUCCACAUGAACCGGGACAAGGCCAUUGGCGACUUCCUCGAGCGUAUCAGAAACUACGAGCUGUCCUACGAAAAAGUUACCGUCGAAGAAAUCAAGCUCUUAAACGUCAAAUACUUUGGCAUCGACAACGUUGGAGACACCAUCUACUAUGACUGCGGACUAAAACACCACAACAACAGCCGCCAUGAAAACCUUUUGUUCAAAAGCAUCGCCUUGAACCUGCUCUACGAAUUCCUAAUUCACUACAGAACCAACUACGCCGCCCAGUACCUCACGGACGUCGACGAAUUCUAUACCGGCCGUCAUUACCGGCCCAUAAAAACAGUCUUCUCUAGACCAGUCUCUCUUGAGGAGGUCAAGAAGGUGCGCAAGGCCUCGAUACAGGAAACAAACCCGAAAACAAGGCAACAACAACAAAAUACCCAGGACACUCUCGCACUGCCCAAGGUUUUAUCAUCGUCUCGAAUCAACGUUUGA